GCCAACAUCGUCCCGUCGGCUGCAACCAUGUCGUCCGAACGCAGCGGCCAGCGGCAAUGCCGGCACGGCGCCACGGGCGACGUCGAGCUCGACGCGGCCAUGGCGCUGGCCGACAUGGCCGGCGUCCCCGCAGCGCCUUCCGCCGGGCAGCAGCACCCCGAGCCACCGCCGAGGCAGCACGCCGAGGAGGAGGAGGAGCUGGCCAGCACGAGGCUGAGCCUGGAGCUGGGCAAGGUCGGCAUCCAGGCGUCGCCCUGCUCUAGCAGCUCCAGCGCCGGCGGGUGCCCCUCUCGCGCGCAGCAAGCGCUUCCGGCGGCCACGGCAGGGACGGCCGGCUACGGGCCCAGGCCCCGCCACGCACUCACCGAGGCCGAGAAGGAGGCAAAGCGGCUGCGGCGCGUGCUCGCCAACCGGGAGUCCGCGCGCCAAACCAUACUCCGCCGUCAGGCCAUCCGAGACGAACUGGCGAGGAAAGUUGCGGACUUGUCGUCGCAGAACGAGAGCAUGAAGAAGGAGAAGGAGACGGUGAUGCAGGAGUUCCUCACGCUCCAGGAGACGAACAAGCAGCUGAGAGAACAGGUUGUUGCGAAGGCGGCAGAGAGGGAGUCGGAGACGGCGCCGGUGCCGAUGGACACGACGCCGCCACCGGAGCAGCGAUCAGAAGCCACGCCGUCUACAACCGCCCAGCCGGAUGCACCGCCAGGGCCGAGCUUCCUAUACACCGGCGCUGCGCCACCUGCGGUGCCGGUGCCAUACCUCUGGGGUUCUUGGCCGGGGUACGAGUACGACCCGCGCGGCAGCCUGGGCGGCGUCGGCGCGGGACAUGCCCCGCCGCCGAUCGGCUAUCCUCCCUGCGCGUGGUACUAUCCCGUCGUGGCCGACCGGCGCGGCUCGCCGGCGACGUCUUACGCCGCGCAGCCGCUCUAUCAUGAGGCUGCGAGCGGGGGCGGCAGUCAGGGUACCGGCGGCGGAACGGCCGAGGAGGACACCGACGACGACCCGUGCUCACUCACGCUCGGGCUUGACGUUACCAGCGCCGAGAGCAGCGGCGGCCGUGCGGCGGCGGGCGGCAGGGAGAGGGCGGCGGAGGCUAGACGGAGGAGGAAGGAGCUGACGAAGCUGAAGCAGACGCAGCCCGGAGGCCGUCCUGGAGACGAGUAGAGUAGGUCGUCUCUGUUCCGGGCUUCCGGCCCAUUUGGCAGAGGACAAGAAACUAGUAUUGGUUUCAUCGUUUCAUGUUUGAUUUUUAGCCUUUUGUUCGUCGAAAAUGUUUUCUGUUUUCAAAUCAUUUUGUAGUGCAAUCUGCAAUCUGUAUACAAAGGAUAGCUAGUAGUAGUAGGUUUAAUGAUGUAGCACGGAG